CGACGACGUCACUUUAGUCCAAAAUAAAAAUGCCCGAAAAACCCGAUGAAAAAUGACUGUAAAAAUAGCGACGAUAAGGUUUUGUUGGGGGACAUGGAAAGUCAUGCUCAUUGCAUGAGUAUAAAAACGAAAGACAAUGGCGACGACAUCAAUCAGUCGAGUCGAGUCGAGUUUUUCAGCAGGAAGCAGCAGCACAUAAAUUUAUUAACGAAUUCAGCUUAUGGCCAAAUGAUGAGAAGCGCGGAAAAAUAGCAGAAUUUUCAUAGCGAUACGAAAAAAGUAAAAAUCAGACAAUUGGACAGUGAGCGAACGAAGUUUGUGUGUGUCAUAAUAAUAAAUGCUCCGCUGGCAGCAGUUCGUGAUGAAAUUAUUUAUGAAAAAUAAAUGGAGUAUUUCCCUCUGGAUGCUGGUCCUGAUGCUGCUGCAGGGUGAGGCCUUCACCUCUGACACAACCACGAAUGCAACAUGCAGACAUGCCACCGACAUGUGGGGAGAUCCGGACCCCAACAUAUUCUACGUAUGCUCUGAUGUCGGACAACCGCUGCAGCUGGAGUGUCCGCCAGGUCGGGGAUUUUUCAGCGGUCUCGGUUAUCUCGGCUGUGUGCCGUACGCCCAAUGGCCAGCCUGCCGGCCCUCGGAGGAGCAGGUGACCACCCAGUUGUCAGCUGGCUGUGACAGGGAUACGGCUACCGUGCCAUCGCCAUGGGCCUCUCCGGAUCCCAAUCAAUUCUACUUGUGCCCCGGGAUAAAUGCCACACCUCUGUUGCUUAACUGUGCCACUGGCAAAGGAUUCGUGGCCAGUUCCGAGGUGGUCGGCUGUACAGAUUGGACGCAAUGGCGCCGCCAGAUGCAAUGCGAGGCCUUCUACUGAUCCAGCUGCAUAUGUAUAUGAACAAG